GGAAGGUAGGCGAGCCGUUCAUAUUUAUGUCCCCAGCCAGUGUAUGCUGCACGUUGGUUGUUUAACAAUCAGGGACAAUGGGUUCGACUACAGAUGAAGAAUUUAAAGAGAAAUUACUAUGGAACGUGAAAAGAGAGGUGAAGCAGAUUAUGGAGGAAGCUGUGACCAAGAAGUUUGUACAUGAAGACAGCAGCCAUGUUAUUGCACUUUGCAGCUCCAUUGAGGCAUGUUUAAGCCAUCUGCUGAAGCGAAGAGCGGCGGGAUUCCUCCGCAGCGACAAAAUAGCCGCCCUUUUCACUAAGAUUGGCAAGGUGAACACAACGGCGAGCGAGGUGUGCCACAAAGUGCAGGAACAGUUGCAACAGCAAGCUGACAUCACCAGGAGAACCCAGAGCACAGGACAGGAACCCCUCAGGAGGCAGGGUUCCGCAGCUGGCAGAGCACCCCAGCCUCUCUCCGCACAGGCCAUCAAGCACAUAUGGGUUCGCACUGCCCUCUUCGAGAAGGUCCUGGACAAAAUCGUGCAGUAUAUUGUGGAUAACGCGAGUAAGUAUUAUGAAAGGGAGGCCCUGAUCCACGACUUUGUGUAUGGCCCUAUACUGGCAGCACUUCUGGUAGGGCCUUGCGCUCUGGAGUACACCAAGCUCAAGACGUCAGAUCAUUUCUGGACGGACCCAUCAGCCAAUGAGCUGGUGCAGAGACAUCGCAUCCACGCAGCCCACAGGGGUCAAGAGGUGUCGCCAGGCCGGAGGCCUGCACUCGGGAUCCGAAAGAGGCAGUCUAGUUGUAGCAUGUCUGAAGACACGUUUGCAGCUUCGGCAAGAGAGUAUGUUGAAUCCCUGCACCAAAAUUCACGUGUUCACUUGCUCUACGGAAAGAACAACGUACUCGUUCAACCGAAGAAGGACAUGGAGGUGCUGCGUGGUUACCUGUCCCUUCAUCAGGCAGCGGAAACAUUGACGCUGAAGUGGACGCCCAAUCAGCUAAUCAAUGGCACUCUGGGCGACUGUGACCUAGAGAAGAGUAUUUAUUGGGACUACGCAUUGACUGUGCCUUUAAAACAGAUCGUCUGCCUUCACUGUCACCAGCGCUUGGACUGUGGUGGUACCCUGGUGUUAGUAAGUCAGGAUGGGAUCCAGCGGCCUCCUCUGCACUUCCCUCCUGGGGGUCACCUACUGGCUUUCCUGUCCUGUCUGGAGACAGGUCUUCUGCCUCGGGGUCAGCUGGAACCCCCUCUCUGGUCCCAGAGGGGUAAGGGCAAAGUCUUCCCUAAGCUUCGUAAGAGGAACAGCACGGCCCGUUUAGUGGAUCAGGACGGAGACAGAGAAGAGCAGAUAGCUGCAGACUACGUGUUUCGGAUUGUUUAUCCGGGACACCGUCACGACUCAACAGUCACUAUAAACUACCACCACACCACGGGCAGUCGUGCGCCCUCUCUGGACGACGAUGAGGAGGAGGAAGAUAUACUUCACGCAAUGAUAUCAAUGAUCUGCUCACGGAACCUCACAGACCCUAAUGUCAUGAAAGACCAUGGGGACAUGAUGGAGAUGCAGGGCUUUGGUGGCAGCCCGUUGUCAUGGCAGCAGGGCGAGUACCCCAGUCAUUUGUCGUUAUGUCUCUCCUGCUCCACUGGGGGCAGCAACACAUCUGUCGAGCUUCCCCUGAGCUGCACCUGCAUGCACGACCGUAUUCCUCUAAAGAUGCUUUGUCAAAAUAUGAAGAAACAGAUUGUCUCGCGAGCGUUUUAUGGCUGGCUGGCCUAUUGUCGGCACCUGUCUACUGUGAGGACUCACCUUUCAGCGCUGGUUAAUCAUAACAUUGUCCCUCCAGACAAACCCUGUGAAGCCUCCGGAGGGCUCAGCAAAGAAGUGUGGAGUAAAUAUCAGAAAGACUGUAAGAAUUAUAAGGAGCUGGAGCUGCUGAGAUUGGUUUACUAUGGAGGGGUGGAGCAUGAGAUCAGAAAGGAGGUGUGGCCUUUUUUACUGGGUCACUACAAGUUCGGAAUGGACAAGAAAGACAUGGCUCAGAUUGAUGAGAAGAUCACAGUGAGGUAUCAGCAGGUCAUGCGAGAGUGGAAGGCAUGUGAGGUCAUUGUGAAGCAGCGGGAGAAAGAGAUGCAGUCAGCCAUCUUUGCCAAGCUGUCAUCUGGAAGCAGUAUAGACAGCCACGUUCUCAGACUCAUCCACAGAGACUCCACUAUCAGCAAUGAGGUAUUCAUGUCAGUGGAUGAGGCUGAUGCAGGGGGUCAUGACACCUCUUGUGAGGGAAGCACACCCACCUUAACCACAGUGGUUACCCCAGCUAUGUUAGCUCCAGAUGAGAGGCCUCUGGUUGAGUUUGACUCUCCAGAUUCAGGCCUGCCCUCCUCCAGAAACUACUCAGUGGCGUCUGGCCAUUCCCAAAUCAUGUCUAGCAUCGAAGAUGGGCAGAGCAUUGAAGAGGACACCACACCCACUGGGGGACUGGAGGAGCAGGGUGGACGGGGCUCCUUGAGCGAAGACAAACUCUGCAUCCAGCUGGACAAACUCACAACCACCAAUGAGGGAAUAACACCAUCCUUCUCAUCUUAUACGAUCGAGCUGUUGGAUAUGGUGGCGCUGAACUUACACAGAAUAGAUAAAGAUGUCCAGCGCUGUGAUCGCAACUACUAUUACUUCACUACAGCAAACCUAGAGAAACUCCGCAACAUCAUGUGCAGUUAUGUCUGGGAACAUCUGGAGAUUGGCUAUGUACAGGGCAUGUGUGAUCUUCUAGCCCCACUGAUGGUCAUUCUGGAUGAUGAGUGCCUGGCCUACAGCUGUUUCACUCAACUAAUGAAAAGAAUGAGUCAGAAUUUCCCAACCGGAGGAGUGAUGGACACUCAUUUUGCAAAUAUGAGGUCACUGAUACAGAUCCUUGACUCAGAGUUGUUUGAGCUCAUGCAUCAGAAUGGAGAUUACACUCAUUUCUACUUCUGCUACCGCUGGUUUCUCCUCGACUUCAAAAGAGAGCUGCUCUAUGAGGAUGUGUUUGCAGUAUGGGAGGUUAUCUGGGUCGCCCCCCGUAUCUCCUCCAAGCACUUUGUCCUCUUCAUUGCACUGGCCUUGGUGGAGGUGUACAGGGACAUCAUCCUAGACAACAACAUGGACUUCACUGACAUCAUCAAAUUCUUUAAUGAGAUGGCGGAGCGCCAUGAUGUCCAGCACAUCCUCCAAAUAGCGCGAGAGCUGGUACACAAGGUGCAGACCCUUAUUGAGAACAAGUAAGCACGGACAGAAGGAGGCUGCGGACGCCCACCAAGCCCUGCCUCUUUCCCAACAGCCCAAGGCUCAAGACUGCUCAAGAUCUGCCACUGGCCACGUAGGCCUCGACUUCUUGACUCUUACAAUUGUUUGCCUGCUACAGAAUGCUGUUGUGUCAGACCUUGGCGUUGUCUGCAUGCUCGUGAUGUUUGAGCACACUGUGACUGAGGGUUAUUUUUUCUUGGUGUACAUGCCUUCAGCACACACCACACCUAUCAGGUCCUUUAAGAUCUACAUUUAUAAGAAGUGAUAUGCCUCACAGAUAGAGGCCACAACAAUUUCCUUUCCCUAAUAGUAUUCCACACUUUGUGGUGACUCAUCAGAAUAUGGUGUUGUUUGCCUGCCUCGGAUAUAAAAGGCACAGAUAAGUUUAGCUGAGCGCACAGGCUGCAUUAGUUCAGCUCCCUUAAAUAAUAACUACGCCACGAAGAAGUCGUUAAAACAGUGUGUGACCAAAAGGACUGUGCCAAUGACCUUGUUAUAGUGUUUAUAUGCCUUGUUUUAAUUUUAUUAAUUUUUUCACCUUUACGAUUAAUUCCCUUGGUAGACAGUGGAAAUGACAUGAUCUUCAAAAAUAAAUAGCUGACGUUGCCUUUGUAAGAUGUUUCACAACCUGCAUCCAUACUUUUGCACUUUGAAAUGAUGCUUCUUCAUUAGGCUCCUUAGAUGGGACAGGUAGGUGUUGAGGUGUUACACAGGGUUUACUCCACUUCCGUUAAGUUUCUACAGUCUAGAAAAGGUGCCCUUGAGAAGACCCCACCAGAAUCUUGCAUUGCCCUGCAAGCUGCUUCCACAUUAUGAGAAGAGUGCAAUGCGUUGAGACCAGUUUGUUCUAGUGUCCCAUCAUGGAUACUGGUUGGCUUUCUAUUUCAAGUUUGUCAUCAUUCACUUACCCUCAUGAGUAUGGUAAACUAUCACUUUAAACGUUAGUUCAUGAUAUGGCUACGAUCUUGGUCUAGUAGACACAUUAUUGAAAUCAUCAAAUGUGUCUCAUUUGCUCUCGUUAAAGGAAUAGUUCACCCAAAAAAUUAUCUGAUCACCCUCAUGCCAUCCCAGAUGUGUAUGACUUUCUUUUUGCUGAACACAAAUUAAGAUUUUUAGAAGAAUAUCUCAUCUCUGUAGGUCCUCA